CCUCGGUCACUCCUCCCCGCCCCGGGUCCAUCCUUUAUGAAGCCUGUCGCCGCCUGCCGCUGUUCAAACGUGGAGGGAAGGACACGGAGAGGGACGCUCUGCUCCUGACUGCGUGGGGUUAUUGUUAGUCGUGAAAUUUACGGCUCUCUCGACACAUUUAGUGCGUUUUAACCUCAGAGCUGGACCGAAAGGGAAGGACUGUUUGUUUCUUCUUCAACAACAGAGCUGGCUGUUUGAAGGAUAUUAAAGUGGCCAAUCAAGAAGCGUGUGUGGGCCCCUGGACUUUGUAAGCAAGCAGCAACGUCAUCGUCCACACCUUUUUAUUUUAAGAGGAGGGAAUGAAACCGGAUGGGGAUACCAUGGAGACCACGGAGCCCACUGAAGCUGCAGCAGUAGCAGAGCCCUCCUCAUCGCAGGACGACACAACCGAGGAAGCCCCAUCGCAACCAGAGGAAGACGCUGAUGUAGCCCCUGGGACCAUUCCAAAAGGCAAUGGCAAGCCAGUGGCAGCAGACCCCAAAGUCAAACCAAAAGGUGCUGCAACUAAAACACAGCCGGCAGCCAAAUCUGCAGGACCCUCUGGAUCAAGGCUGGGGACUUCCUCGCUCCGCACUUUGAACGAUGUCAAAUCCACAGCUGCGCUCAAGAAAACAGCAACUACAACAAAAGUGUCCGCAGCGGGGGGCGUACCUAAACGACCUGUUGGUGCAGCAGCUUCCUCCACGGUCAAGACCCUAUCCAGAGCGUCGGACAAGAAGCCUGUUGGACCUGCUAGGACUACCUCCAUAGCAACAAAUGGUACCAAACCAACAACAGCGAAUGGCAUUCCGAAGAAGAGACCAGUUGCUGAGACUGUAGCGAGACCUAAAACCACAGCUCCUGCCGGCAGAGCAGCUGUGUCCACUGCCUCAAAACCAAGCACUUCAACCACGUCCAAAGCUGUUGGUGCAACAACAAAACCAGUCACUUCCGCAGUUUCAAAGAGCACAAGGCCUACUACAGGUCCCUCAACGUCUCGACCUGCUUCCACCACGUCCAGGCCCACAGCAGCUGCAGUCAAGCCCUCCACCACUGCAACUGCCAGAACCGCUGCCUCUAGAGUCAACACAGCACCCCUUACUGGCAGGACCACUGCAGCACAGCCUCCCAGAACUGUAGCAGCUAAGAAAGAUGUCAGUCGUCCGCCUUCUGCUGCAGUCGCAAAGAAACCUACAGCAGCUACGACAUCCGCUGCUGCCAAGAAAAAUCCUCGACCCGCAGCCACCGUAAAGCUCAACUCUGCUGGCAAAUUGUCAACAACCAAGGCAGAAGACCCCAAGGUGUCGCAGACCAAAUCCCCUGCUAAAUCUACUCCCUCCAAGAAACCUGUAGCUGCAAUUCUGUCCCAAAACAAACAGCCCUUUGGACGAUCCCCUCCUGCUUCUCCAGCCAACAAACCUCCAAACAGCAGCACUCCUCAGGCAAAACGAGGACCAAAACCCCCUCAGGCUGCCCAACCUUUCAGUGCCGCAAAGAAGACCGGUGUUUCCAAUACUACCAAAGCAGCAGCAGCAGCAGCAGCAGUAGCUGUACUUCCGGAAACACAAACAGAUGUUACAGAGUCUUUCCCACAAGAUUCAGCCCUUGCUGUCUCUGCACCAGAGAAGGAGGAGACGGAGGAGACUCCCCCUGUCUUGGCCCAGAAUACCACACCGGAUGUGGAGCCACAGGAAGCUGCUCCUCAAAGCCCUGUAAGGACAGCCUUACCACCAACAUCCAACCCUCUGAUGCAGACUGAGAGCAGUGCUUUACCCCUCACAUCACAGGAACAGACCCCUGCCCCUGCUGAGCCUGCAUUACCACCAGUGGCCUGUCCCCCAGAUUACACAGAGGAGCCUGUUCACCUGCCAAUCGACCAAACCCCCUCCACCUCUAAAGCCCUCACAGCAGCAGCAAAUGCCAUCUCUCUGAAAGGUCCUCCCACCAAUCUAAAUGAGGAGGAGGAUGAGGAGGAGAGGGAGGGGAGCCAGCUGGUUUCUGUGUCCGAAAUGAGUGGGACCACGCAGCCCACCGAGGAUUCUCGUCCCGGCUCGGCAGGUCCUGUCGGAGGGUCUGCCUGGAGGGCCAGCGGCACCUUGCUUUCCGAGCUAGACUCUGAGGAGGUGAGCGGCAGCCAGCAGGGAGCCUCUGAGCUGAGCGCCCCCGGGGUCCUUGAGGGCACCGAGAGCAUGGACGACCUGGGGGAGGGCAGUCUGAAAGGAGCCAUCGACAUGGAAGGAGCCUCAGCGGGGUCCCCUGACUUUGAGAAGGUUCCUGACAUCCCAGCUAACGACUUCGAUGAGGACGAUGACUUUGACGACGACCGGGUGUGUGACAUGGAUGUGGGCUCGGAGCGGGCCGACGACCCGCAGAGGCUCCGGCAUGAUAAUGACGCGAAUGAUGAAGAGGAGGAGGAUGAAGAUGUGGAAAUGGCAAGUGAGGGCGUGACAGAGAGUGGGCUGGAAAGCUACGGGAAUGCGGAUGAAGAUGACUUCGCCGAAGAUGAAAGGCUGGACAACCUGAACAGAGUGGCCGAGCCCCCGCCUCCCCCUCCUCAGCUCCCCUCUGCCCCUGCUGCUCAGUGGGAACAACCAAACCCCUUUGUUGAUCCCUGGGCCAACCCUGAGCAUCAGCAGCUUCUUGUUUCCCAGGAAGCAGGAGCGGCAGCAGCAGGCCCCUCAGCUGACCCCUGGCGCGCAGACCCUGUGACCCCGACUCAGGCCUCAGAACAAGCUUGGCUGGAACUCGACUCUGCUCCUUUGGCUCCUGAAAACCAAGAAGCUCCCCAUCAGUCCUCCGUCAGAGAUGAGACUCAGAAUUUAGCUCCGAUGCAGAACCUGGCCCCGGCUCUCCUUUCUACACAGGCGAUGUCUCUGUCGAGCACCCUGAGCAGUGAGACCAGCACUCCCGAGGAGCUCUGCGGGAUGACUCAGGAUGUGCAAGCAGCGCCGCUGUCCCCGCAGCCUGAGCUGGACCGCGAGGAAGCCGAGGCCGAGACGCUGCCCGCUGAUGAAGUGCUGGGAGGCCCUGCAACCGCCCCGACCUCCAACCCCUCCUCCACCUCCGUAACAGAAGACGAGGCCAGCGACACAGAGGGGGAGGCUCAGUUGGAUGAUUCCUUGGAGAUGCCGAAGGUCUGCCACAUCACCUUCGACAGCCAAUCUCCAGCCCAGCGCUGCCUCUCCACCGUGGAAGAGGGAGAAGAGGCUGACAUGGAGGCCAUCCGUGCAGGAGAAGACACCACCCCACCGUCCGCUACAUCGUUAGCGUCAUACGGCUUCGACACCAUGACCACGGCUUCUAACUCCAAUGCCCAGUCCACGGGGGAGAGCUGCGUCAGGAGCCCCGGCAUCUUCUCCCUGGAGGAGCUGUCCGAGGAGGCCAAGGAGCCAUGUCUGAUCCCACCACAGCUGGGCCUCGCAGAGUACAUCGAGUGUGGGAAGCAGGAAUCAGAUUCUGCUGAGCCCGCUGAGAACCUCUGCGGUGGCGUGCCGGGGCCCGAGGAAGCCCCGGAUCCUUCGUCCACCCAGAGCACUUUGCAGCAAGCCGAAGAAGACGUCCAGCCUGCCUACUAUUCUGCUAUCUGUGAAAAGACUGAGAACUCUUUUGCAGGCUACACUGCACUGCCGCAGCCACACCGCCGCGAUCACUCGGCUUAUCCCAGGACCUACUGCGACCUCGUCAAACCUCUGGUGGCCGCCCCCUCGCCAAAACUGACCUGCGCGGACCUCCCUCCCAGGAACCUGGGCCAGAAGGCGCUGAGCCCCCAGCUCCGCAGGCUGGAGCAACACCAGAGGCAGCUGCUGGAGAUGCAGCACCGCCGGGACCAGCAGAGCAGGCCGCUGGAAGAGGCGGAGCAGGAGAGGAAGACCAGGGAGGAGGAAGAGGCCAGGAAGAAGAAGGAUGAAGCCGAAGAAGAGAUCAAGAGAAAUAAGGAGGAGCUGGAGAUUAAGAUACAAGAGCAGGCGGAGGUGGCGAAGAAGAAAGAGGAAGAGGAGCUGAAGCAGAGGAGAGACCUGGAGCUGCAGCUGCAGCAGCAGCAGCAGGAGCUGAAGGAGCGCCAGCAGAUCAUGCAGUGGCAACAAGAGCUGCAACAGGCUAAUAAAGAGCAGGCGGAGCUGCUGCUGUCUUCCUCCGUCCUCUGCACCAUCUACGAAGCCCGGGAGAACAGUGAUGAAGAGGAGGGUGAGGAAGAGCUCAAAGAGGGGAACGAGCCCAAAGAAGAGACGCCAAACGAAGACAUGAACGACAGUGAGAGGGCGUCGGAGGAACGGGGGGACUCCUCGCCGUCCACAGAGAGCCCUCCUCCUCUACGAGACUCCCCGCAGAUGUCCAGCGACCCCUCCCAGGACGGAGACAGCUCAUCCCCAUUUCCUCCUGAGUCUCCAGAGCGACCUCAGCCCCUGGAGCUGGACUGGAAGAAAAAAGUGGACAUAGUGCAGCAGCUGAUCAAUCAGACCCUGCUGCUGAACAGAGACGGCUGCUCCUCGCUGCUGCUGCUGCCAGGGGGUGCGGGAGGCACGCUGAGCCCCCUGGAGAGCAGCCUGUGGCCCAGCUUGCUGCCCCCACUCACCCCUCCCUCGGCCACAGUCACUUCCGUCAGUUGUUUCUCACCAGAGGCCACUGGGAGCUCCCCUCAGGGAGAGUGGACAGUGGUAGAGCUCGAGACGCAUCACUGAGGGACACUUUAAGUACUGUUACACAGUAAGGACAGGGAACACGGCCCAAGUGCUCUCUAUUUUUACACACACACAAACACAAACACACACACACACUGUAGACUGGAAGAGGCGGACCGGCACACAUUUACAACUGUUGCUGUAAACACAAUUAAGCAAAUCAAUGUUCACUUGAGGAGAACACAUGACAUACGUAAAUGUAUGGGCUGGACAAUGGGAGGGAACAAAGGCAAUAACUCGAGAAACAUCACCGUUGUUUUAAAGUAGGAUAAACUAAAUCACUUUGUUGAUCACAUUGAACUCAAUGGUCGAAAUUUAGUUUUAAACAGUCCUCCCCAAUUAUGUAAUAAAGAUAACCGGAGAGAAAUUGAUGACAUCAUUGUUAGGAUUAAAAAGGACGAAAACAAUUACAUUUAUAAACUGCCAGGAAGACCCAGUAAUUUGUGCUAUUGAUCAGUGGUUCCUAACAAACAUUGGAUCACACAAUAGAAAGCAUGUUUCUAGUACACAAGGUGUAUUUGUUUCAAGCUUUAAUUUUCUUUCAAAACAACCAAAUAAAUGUAUUAGAAGGAAUAAUAACUGUGAUGUGGUCACAACCUGUAGACGGGUGCAACGUGAGACUGAUAGACUGCGCUAAUCUUUGAAAGGGCAAAAAGGUCGAGUCACUCGAUGGUCAGGGAUUUCUAACCGUACUGUAAACACAAGCACAAACAAUACAGACCCUAAUGCUCGGCGGUGCUGCAGUUCCUCUUGUUGUUUCUCCAGCAAGUAUGCAUUUUAUUGAUCAAAGCAAAAGGUGUUGCUCUGGUUCUAGACUCUCUGAUAGAGCUUACCCCAGAGCUACCUACGGCCGACCUUACUACACAGUUAGAUUUAAAGCAUCAACAGUUAAAGAUAAGAUUAUCAAAUCAGUGAAAACGGUCCAAUUUGUAUGUAGACCAAGAAAAGGGUCUGGAUGUCAGAAAUGCAGACCUCAUGAUUAAAGUUCUCCCCUAUGCACCAUUUUAUUCAGUUGGUAAACAUACCCGACAUGCACAUCUAAAUGCCGUUUUUUCUAAAAAGCCUUUUCUAAAAUUGUACGAUCUUCAUAUGCAGCUUUGAAACAUUACCAACCCUGUGUGUCCAUAGUUUAAAGUGUUGAGUCAGAUAUUUCCUGACUUUAAAAAUACUUUUUAUUGAACACGGAUGAAUGACAUUGUUUAAUACAUUUUACUAAAGUUUGUAUUUUCCAAAUGACCUUAUUCUAGAGGCAAUGAUAUGCACACCCAUACCUAGUUUUCAAUGUCUUCAUUCAUCAGCCUUUGAAGUUAUUUUAAUUUGAGCAAAAACAUCCGACAGAAAUACCAAGAACAGGACCUCCGAGUCCUCGGUGUAAGCUAGGACGAGUCUUUACUCUUGGAAAAAGUCUCUGACCUGCCGGUGAAGAAGCUGCGUCUCCUCACGUAGACAAACAGGAGACUGCACUGAAACUCAGCACCCCUCUCCCCUGACACUUGAUACUCAACACCACUGAAAACACAAACUAAACACUGACUAUAAAAUUACAUUUCAAUCCUUUGGAACACACACCUGAAACGGUGUGAUUACUGACGGGAUCCCAUGAUGCAUCACUGGAAAAAGACACUUGUCAUUGUGCGAAAUCCCUGCACACAGGACACCGACGCUGCCAAACGGCCACUAUCAAUGGAAGGUAAACUGGCGGAUAGAUGUGGUUGUUUCACUUUGUGUUGCUCACUUGCAGCCGUUUUUUUAAUUAAAGCCAUAACUGUUUAUACCUUAUGACCUUAUUUUCAUAUGAGAAUACACUGGAGACGUCUUGCUAAUGAAAGGUGAUUAAGAACACUGAUUCGCGCUUACUCUAAUACAGUUUAUUUAAAUCAAUUGUAUACCGUUGAUAAUACAGGCUUGGAUACUUUGGCUGGUUAGCCGAACUUAAUUUGGUAUAAUUUAUUUAACUGAUGUCAAAGACAUGUUAAGAUCUUACAGUUCUUCACCAAAGGUCAGUGUGACUAGUACGCAUUUUCUAAUGAAACACUGGAGUCAGGCACCAAUGAGGUUUUGCAUAUGUUCAUGUAUUUUUGUCCAGAUGAGGAUUGUUUUAUUUAGUAACUGCAGAGAUGACUUUUCUGGAUAAUGUUCUGGAUCCACAUAUCAUUUCUGUCAUACGUGUAGUUAUUUUCUCAUGUUCACGUUUUAACGAUGGUUCCGUCACAGACCACUGACAGACGAUAGCCGGUAACGCCUUCGACACUGGUGCAGGUUUAACAUUAGAAGACGACGACUUACGUUGGGUAAAACCAAUUUUGCUGUAAAGGUCAGGGGUCACUUUAUUGUGAGAUCAGUAAGGCUAUUCAAAAGGUUCAAUAUCAGGUCAUUUGAAGUAUUAACUAUAUUGUUGUUGAAACUGUGAUGCGAUAUGGUCUGGAGGUGUGAUGUUAAUGUUCAUCUGUGUCGAUGUGAACCUGUUGUCUGGAUACUGUGCGUUUGUCAGGCAGUGUUUAAGGCCGUCACUUUAAAAUCACAGGUUUAAAGAUGAGGACAUUUUGAAGACACUUUCAGCAGUUUUAUGACUACUGAAAAUUAGAAAUUCAAGGGCACAAAAAUGUUCUGGAACAUUUGACUGUUAACACUCAAGCCCAUUUGAAUCAGUUAUAGCAUUAAGGCUGAUUUUUGUUUAUUAACUAAGAGCAGUGAACCAUAAUGAGUCCACAUCCAGUGCUUGAAACUUAUUGGCUCUUUAGAAGGAUGAUUGCCCGUCCCGUUAUUGAUAUUAGCAACGAAAAUGACCGUCUUGAUCUCCCACUCUCUUACGAAAGCCUCUGUGUAGCAGCUGAGAAGCGAGCAGGUGUUUAUGCUCUGCCGUCCUCCAGGGAAGACGCGUUGCGCUCGCUGCAUUUUUUUGACAAAGCUGGACUUUUAAAACGUGCUUUCUUAAACUUGUCUGUUGUGUUUUUGUAAGCAUCUAUGUGUAUAUUGUUUUAAAGACUGCUCACUGUAAUGAAGGGAAACUCCACUUUACUUUUGUACUUUAGAGAUUUAGAGGAAUAGUAGCCCUUUAAGAGUCCUAUAUAGAUUUUUAUUGAAUAGAGAAUGAAGGAUGUUGGUUGUAAAUGUUAGAUAUUAUUCUUUGUUUCAAAUGACCUUCUUUAUGUCCAGUCUACAGAACUAAUGAGCCCAAUGAUGACCAGGUCAAACUGAACACAGUAGACUAAAUAAGGGGCUCCAAAAUGUUAAAUCUCACAUUUUAAGAUAUUAAUUUAUUAAAGAUGAAGUUGGAUCUUGAGAACUAAUUCAAAUGGCUUGCAGAACUAUUGAAAUGUAGUAAAUGGGCUCUCCAGCUUGUGAAGCCCAAACCAUGGCAGCUUGUCUAAGAACUGUGAUUGUGUGUAAUUAUUUCAAUGCAAUGUUUCAUGUAAAUAAAAUGUUUUUUUAAAUAACA